UUAGGGCGCACCGCGUUACCCCUCUGCUCCGGUCUCCACAGCGCCCUCCUCCUCCCCCUCCUCCUCGCGCGCCGCCGGUCGGACCUGUAUGGCACCAUCGACCGCCAUGUCCGGUCCGAACACUGAAGACCUUCCUCCCCGCUCGGUGCUCGAGAUGCAGACCACCGGCCUGAGCUCCGAGGAGCCCGUGAAGCCCAAAGUCGCCAUUCUGCCGUUCAGCGUCGAGGCUCUGAUGGCGGACCGGAAGCCCAGCAGAGAGGCGGUGUCCCCGGGCGGCGUCCCCGGGACGUCCCGCGCCGCGCUGGUGAAGGGCUUACGGAUGGGCUCGUUCGGUAGUCUGGACAUCUCCGGUCCCGCGCUGUGCACGAGCUCCUCGUUCUCGGUGGGCGACAUCCUGAGCGUGCCCGAGGACGCGCUCAUCAAACCGGAGAGCCCGGACAGCAACGAGAGGACGUCCUGGCUCCAGAGUCCCCGCUUCUCCCCCACACCUCCACGAAGGCUGAGUCCUCCUGCCUGUCCCCUCCGAAAGCACAAGACCAACCGGAAGCCCCGGACCCCCUUCACCACGUCCCAGCUGCUGGCCCUGGAGCGGAAGUUCCGGCAGAAGCAGUACCUCUCCAUCGCGGAGCGCGCGGAGUUCUCCAGCUCCCUCAACUUGACGGAGACCCAGGUGAAGAUCUGGUUCCAGAACCGGAGGGCCAAGGCCAAGCGGCUGCAGGAGGCCGAGCUCGAGAAACUGAAAAUGGCAGCGAAGCCCAUGCUGCCUCCGGCCUUCGGGAUCUCCUUCCCGCUCGGCGCGCACGUGCCCGGCUCCUACGGGUCGCACCUGUUCCAGAGGCACUCGCUGCCGGUGUCCCCGGUGGGACUGUACGCCGCGCACGUCGGAUACAGCAUGUACCACCUGGCCUGACCGGGACAGCCGAGGACGCGAGAGGGGCCCGGGGACUACUUUCUGGGGCCCGUCUGACAGGUGAGGCGACGCUGGCACCGGACUCAGGGGCCAGGGGCCUCCAAACGGCCCCCCUCCUGGACCUGGAGGUGGACCCGCUCUAUGGACCUCGACACACUGCGAAAUAAUCCCCCAAAAAAUGUUAAGGUCGUUUAUUCCUGUGGACUAAAUUAUGAUGCCGAUCAAGAACGUGUGGAGAGAAAAUAUGAAUUCAUAAAACAAUCUGACCUUGAGACGCGUAACGACGCAUCAAGGUGGAGAGAUGCAGGUGGAGAGGCCCGCGCGCACCGGGGAGCAGCAACAGACACAUGUUGUUGUGCGUAAUGGAGACAUAAUGCACACAAUAAACCCGUGUGCGUGCGUAAUGGAGACAUAAUGCACACAAUCAACCCGUGCGUGCGUAAUGGAGUGGUGUGUGAGCCGGAGGAGGCGCUCCGUGCUCCUGGAGGAGCAGCAGGAGGUCUGAAGCGCUCCGGCUGCUGUGGGAUCGGUUCCCUUCGAAAGGGACGUGGACUGUAAAAUAAUGUAUAUUUGAAGAAUAUCCUCAUUUAUAUUAUGAAUAUAUUUGUGACAUAACUUAACAAUAAAUUGUUUAUUCUUUUUCA